GGUUGCUAGGUAACACAAGUCAGCUUGCUCUGUGCGAGCACGCCAGCUAGCUAACUGGCUAGUUAGCGUCGCUUGUUUUUUGGGAAUUUGGCAGAUUCGGUCUCAUUUGGAGCUGUGAAAUCUACACGUUUGGCAUCAUGAUGACGAUAAAAGACGGGGAGUAUACUGCUACUAUCUAUAAACUGAUUAAGGACAGCCAGUAUGUUGAGGCCAUUCACAUUCUCAACAGCCAACUUCAAAAGCACACCAGGUCUCGGGCGGCGCUGUCCCUGCUGGGCUUCUGCUACUACCACGUCCAGGACUUCAGCGGCGCGGCCGAGUGCUACGAGCAGCUGACGCAGCUGCACCCCGAGGUGGAGGAGUACCGGCUGUACUACGCUCAGAGUCUGUACAAGGCGGGCGCCUAUGCCGAGGCCACCAAGGCUUCCUUCGCCCUGGAUACGCCCAGCAGCCAAACCAAGAUGAUCAAACUGCAAGCCUCCAUCAAAUAUUUUGAGGAGAAUUACUCUGCUGCCAAAUCUCUGGUGGAGCAGCUUCCCCCGGAGGACACUGACUACGUGUACAACAUGGGCUGCCUGCUCUACCAGGAUGCCAAGUACGAGGACGCCUGCAAGAAGUUCACAUCGGCCAUGCAGGUGCUGGGAUAUGUGCCUGCUCUGUCAUACAAUAUCGCGCUAUGCUACUACAGGCUCAGCAACUACGCGCAGGCCCUCAAAUACAUCGGUGAGAUCAUCGAGCGAGGCAUCCGGGAGCAUCCAGAGCUGAGCGUCGGCCUGACGACGGAGGGCAUCGACGUGCGCAGCGUGGGCAACACGCUGGUGCUGCAUCAGACUGCCCUGGUGGAAGCCUUCAACCUCAAGGCUGCCAUCGAGUACCAGCUGAAGAACUUAAAAGGAGCUCAGGAGGCUUUGACGGACAUGCCGCCGAGAUCAGAGGAGGUAACCGAGAAUGAGUUGGACACGGUGACACUGCACAACCAGGCUCUGCUUAACAUGGACACCAAGCCCUCGCAAGGCUUUGAGAAGUUGGCCUUCCUGCUGCAGCAGCCGUCCUUCCCGCCCGUCACCUUUGGUAACUUGCUGCUGCUCUACUGCAAACAUGAGUAUUUUGAUUUGGCAGCUGACGUCCUGGCAGAAAAUGCACACCUCACCUACAAAUUGCUUUCUCCAUAUGAGUACGAGUUUCUUGAUGCCUUGCUGACCUGCCAGACGGCACCAGAGGAGGCAUUCAGGAAAUUUGAUGACAUGAUCGGCAAAAUGACAGAGAAGUUGCGCAAGCUGGCCAAGCAGCUGCAAGAGGCCAAGACGGCUCGAGACGAUGACGGGCAGAAGAAAGCCCUCCAGGAGUAUGACACCAUGCAGGAGAAGUACAUCGUGGUCCUGAUGGCCCAAGCCAAGAUCUACUGGAAUCGUGAAAACUUUGCGAUGGUGGAGAAGAUCUUCCACAAGUCCAUGGAGGUGUGCAAUGAGGACGACACGUGGAAGCUGAACGUGGCCCAUGUGCUCUUCAUGCAGAACAAGUACAAGGAGGCCAUCAGCUUGUACGAGCCCAUCGUCAAGAAGCACUACGACGACAUCUUGAAUGUGAGCGCUGUGGUCCUGGCCAACUUGUGCGUGUCCUACAUCAUGAACAGCCAAAAUGAAGAGGCCGAGGAGCUAAUGAGGAAGAUCGAGAAGGAGGAGGAGCAGAUCUCCUAUGACGACCCAGACAAGAAAGUCUUCCACCUGUGCAUCGUCAACCUGGUCAUCGGCACGUUGUACUGCGCCAAGGGCAACUACAAUUUUGGCAUCUCUCGUGUCAUUAAGAGCCUGGAGCCUUACAACAAGAAGCUGGGCACGGACACGUGGUUUUACGCCAAGCGCUGUUUCCUGUCCCUGCUGGAGAACAUGUCCAAGCACAUCAUCACACUGAAGGGGGUGGUGGUCCAGGAGUGCAUUCAGUUCUUGGAGAACUGUGAAGAGUACGGACGGGAGGUGCCCGCCAUCAUCGAGCAGCCGCUGGAGGAAUCUCCCGUCCAAAUGGGCAAGAACACGGUCACCUACGAGGCCCGGCUACUCAAGGCCCUCUUCUACAAAGUCACCAGCUGGAAUGAGUGAAGACCCAACCAAAGACAACACCACAGACUCUUUUAGUGGACUACUUCCUUUUAUUUGGAACAAAGAACAAAAGUCAAGGAAAAAAAUGUGGCAAGGUUUUGCGGGCCAAAAUAAGUGUUGGAUGUGCCCCCGCUGGCCUUGAGUUUGACACCCUUAACCUAGCUGUUAUUUAUAUAACGUGUUUGUUGGUAUGUUAGCAAGCUGGUCCACAAAGAACACAUACAGUAAAGUGCCGGUGGGCAUCCAGGAACAGUUUCGAUGAAAAAGGCCUUGGCCGAGCUCUUGCUCUACUGAGGGGACGUUCUAGACUUAAAAAGUGUUGGUUGUCAUUCUUGUGGAUUUAGAGUUCAAGCUUUAUUUAUAUAUUAAAAAAAAAAAAAAAAAAAAGCAGGCAGGAAUAAAGUUUCCAUUUUGGAGCCACGGUGGGUGGGUUCGUGUGGAGUAGGGGAAAAGGGGGACUUCACGAAAGGGGUCUCUUGGUUAUGUCCUGCUCCGUCAGGUAGAAGUUUAAAUAUCCUCCCAGGGCGCCCACCGCCACAGCCGUCAUGUGACUGGAGCAGCCAUCUUAAAACAAGAAACGUACAUUAUGGGAUACAAUGGAUGACAAUAUCCACUCGCAAACCACCUUAAAUUGUAUAUGUACAGAAUAAGUCAAGGACCAUUACAAAAAAAAAAAAAACAGUCAGGAACAAGCCAAGAACUAUGUCAAAGAACACUCUAGAAAUUGCCAUGAACCACAUCUAAAAGAGUCAAAGCACAUGUUAAGAACCAGUCAAAAACUAGUUAAAAAGAAAAACACUUCAGAACUAGUCCGAAAAACAGUAAAAAGUCAACAACUAUGUCAAAGAAUCUUCAGGAACAAGUAAACUAGAUCCAACAAACAGUUUCAAGAACUUGUCAAAGAACUAUGUCAAGAAACGCCAAGAACAAGUCAAGAACCAGGUCCAAAAUUAAAAUCAAGAACCACAUAAAAACCCUAGUUAAGAAACAGUCUAGAACUACAUGAAGAUACAGUCAAGCGCCAAUGAAUUACAGGUCAAGCAUUAGUCAAGAAGCACAUCUAAGAACAAAAGUCAAGUCAAAACUGUCGACAUGGUUCUUGAUAGUUUUUUACUUGUAUUUGUCGUGGAUCUGGACUGGUUGUCUUUUUGACUGUGUGUUAACUGUUUUUCCUUGUUUUUGCCAGAGUUUUUGGAGUGGUUCUUGACUGGUUCAGGACUGCUUCUUAACUUGGAGUUUGACUGGUUCUUGACAGUUCUGUCCUUGUUUCUGGCAUGGUUCUUCACUGUUUUUUUUGACUGGUUGUUCAUGUUUUGUUCAUUGUUUUUGUAUGACAGACUAGCAACAACUCCAGUUCAGUUGUUUUCAGUUUUUGUUCCUGAAUAAAUUUGUAUCGACUUUCAAAA